AUGCCCGCCUACCACUCUGUCUUCCUGGAUGAGCCCAACCAGCAAUUGAUCGGAAACUUUGCUCUCCUCCCGCUUCGUACACGGACCCGCGGCCCUGCCAUCCAGCUGCCCGCCCUACCUGCCGAUGUCACAGAGCUCACCAUCGAUGCCUCACACGACUCGUACGACCCCUUAGACGAAAUCCUCGCCCUCUUCCGCGCCAACACAUUCUUCCGCAACUUUGAAAUCAAGGGACCGGCCGAUCGCGUGCUCAUCUAUGGCAUCCUAUACGUUAGCGAGGUACUGGGCAAGAUCAAGCCAGGCAUGAGCCGGAGAGAAGCUGAGAAGGCUGUUAUGAACAUUGCGCUGGACACAAACUUCGCCAUCCCAGGCGACGCUGGAUUCCCGCUGAACCAGGCUUUCGAGGCACCGGCGGACAGGAACGGAGCAGAAGUGCUGCGACAGUACAUUAUGCAAAUGCGACAAGAGUUGGCGACACGGUUACUCAAUAGGGUAUACGCAGACGAGACAAACACGCCUAGCAAGUGGUGGCUGAGCUACACCAAGAGGAAGUUCAUGGGCAAGGCUCUGUAG